UCCUCUUGAUCAUAUCUUCUUCUCCAAUGAUUCUUGGUUCUGCUUUAAGGGAAUUCAUAUACCCAAACUUCACAGCAUCAAAUUUCCAUUUCAUCGAUAACUCGGGCACUUUCUUAUUCUCCAAAAAUGGAACAUUUGAGGCUGCCAUAUUCAAUCCAGCCAAUCAACAAACCAAUUUCUAUCUCUGCAUCAUUCACUCUGCUUCCAACACCAUCAUCUGGUCAGCUAAUCGCGACGCUGCCGUUACAAGUUCAGGAAAGAUGAGCCUGACCGCAGACGGCAUCAACAUAAACGAUGCAGACGGGCAGUUAAAAUGGUCAACUCCAUCAUUACCUUUACCAGUAUUGGCCAUGAAGUUAACUGAUGAAGGGAAUCUUGUCUUGCUUGAUCAAUUCAAUCGCACGCUUUGGGAUAGCUUUUCUAAUCCUACUGAUACGAUUGUGAUCGGACAGAAACUCGCGUUUGGAACGUGGCUUUCGAGUUAUAAAUCGAAUGUUGAUUUCUCAACUGGAGAUUAUAAUCUUACACUUAGUUCAUCUGAUUUAUUAUUGCAAUGGAAGAACAAUAAUACUUAUUGGAAACUAUCCAUGGACACGAGAUCGUUUAUUGAGACCACGUAUGCGGUUGAGUACAUGACGAUUAACCAAACCGGUUUGUAUCUCGUUGGUCGUAACGGAUCCUCGGUCGUGAUUCAGGUGAAUCUUUCUCCUUCUGAAUUUAGAAUAGCUAAGUUGGAUCUUUCGGGUCAAUUCAUUAUUAGUACCUUUUCUGGUAAACAAUGGAAGAAUGAUUUUUCAGCUCCAUUUGAUCAAUGCCGAAUUCCUUUCAUUUGUGGAAUGCUUGGUUUGUGUUCUUCCUCGUCCAAUUCUCAUCAAUGUUCUUGCCCACCUAACCUCCACGUCAAGAAUUCCGGCGCUUGCUCGCCAACCGAUCCUUCGUUUUCGUUCCCUUCUUCUUCUUCUUGCAAUUCGACAAAUUCUUCGGAUUUGUCGUAUGUAAGUCUCGGCUAUGGCAUCGAUUACUUCUCCAUUGAUUUCACUCCGCCUGUGAAGACGGGCGUUUCAGUAACUUCCUGCCAGGAUAUCUGCACCCACGACUGCGUUUGCUUUGGAAUUUUCUACGUGAACUCGUCUGGAUCGUGUUUCGUUAUUGAAAACCAAAUGGGUUCUGUUAUUUCAAGUCAUGGGAAUAGCUUAGGGUUCAUUAAAACUUCCUUUAAUCCUUCAACCGUCGACGAAAAUCGACGACGGGAAAUUCCCGUCGUUCUUGCUGUUCUUUUACCUUUCUCUCUGCUCUUGCUUUUGGCUGCUGUGUGUUUUCUUUGGUGGAGAAGAUCUGAAAUGGGUAAAAAUGGAGAUGGGUUAAAAUUUGGAAGUCAACCCAAUUCUCCUCCUUCAGAAUCCGACGACGAUCUAGAGGCGUUCUCGAUUCCUGGAUUACCGAUCAGAUUCACUUACAGUGUUCUCGAGAAGGCAACGGAUAACUUCAAGACUCAAAUAGGAUCUGGCGGGUUCGGCUCUGUUUAUAAAUGUGUCCUACCCGAUAAAACAUUAGCCGCGGUGAAGAAGAUUACGAAUUUGGGUAUUCAAGGGAAGAAGGAUUUCUGCACGGAGAUCGCAGUCAUAGGAAACAUUCGACACGCGAAUCUAGUGAAAUUGAGAGGCUUUUGCGCUCAAGGAAGACAGAGGCUAUUGGUGUAUGAGUACAUGAACCGCGGUUCAUUAGACCACACGCUAUUCGGGAGUGGACCUGCUCUCGAAUGGCAGGAAAGAGUCGACAUAGCAUUGGGUGCAGCCAGAGGGCUCGCGUACCUACACUGCGGGUGCGAUCACAAGAUUAUUCAUUGCGAUGUCAAGCCAGAGAAUAUACUCUUACACGACCGUUUUCUCGUUAAGAUAUCUGAUUUCGGUCUUUCCAAGCUUCUUAGCCCGGAGGAGUCAGGUUUGUUCACUACUAUGAGAGGCACCCGUGGCUACCUGGCUCCCGAAUGGCUCACCAACUCAGCUAUCUCCGAAAAAACAGAUGUUUACAGCUUUGGAAUGGUUCUUUUAGAAAUGGUAAGCAGUCGAAAAAACUGCUUGCGACGAACGCAAAGCCAUAACAUGAUUAGCGACGGUCAUAAUAAUAGUGUUCAUUCGUCAUCUUCAUCGAUUGCGGGUCUUCUCUAUUUCCCGUUAUUUGCAUUGGAGAUGCAUGAGCAAGGAAGGUACGAGGAAUUGGUCGAUAGGAGACUCGAGGGAAGGGUAUCGGGUGAAGAGGUGGGGAAAAUGGUUAAAGUGGCUUUAUGUUGCGUUCAUGAAGAACCGUCGUUGAGGCCAAGCAUGGUUACGGUUGUUGCAAUGUUAGAAGGAAAGAUUCCUCCGGGCGAACCGAUUAUGGAGUCUUUGAACUUCUUACGGUUCUAUGGGCGUCGAUUCACGGAGGCGUCGAUGAUGGAAGGGAAUAAUAACGAUGAAGAUGAACUUUUCAUGUAUUCACGAUUGAAUGCUUCUAUUACAAGCACUAGGAGUAGUAAUUCCCCGGCUUCAUACUCCUUUAUCUCAUCACAACAGGUUUCUGGUCCAAGAUGA